GCGUUGACAGGUUGUGCAACUUAACCGGCCGUAUGUACGCUAUACAUAAAAUUUUUGCAUACGCAGAUAAGUAACGGUAUAUUUCUAUAUUAUUGUUAUACUAUAUUUAUUCUGUAUGUCUUUUAAAUGACAAUAUGCAUUGCGGAACAAAAUUCGGAACAGAAGAAUACCGUCCAUCUAAAUUGUGAAAGCCAAUCUCAGAAAUCACGUCCACGAGAUAAAAUUUUGCAGCUGUGCAAAUAUCUCGAUUGUGCAAGACAGUAGCGAUCUCUGGGCCACACGUACACGUAUAUUACGUAUGACUUGCACCAAGAGAGAGCAGUGCACUCAGUCUAUAGUCUAUAUACUCCGCAUACCGUAUCGUGGCGCGGCGGUGGCGGCCGCGCGCUCUCUCGCGAGUUCGCCAGCGCGGAGGCAGUCGGCAGACAGAGGAGCAAGACCGCGUACGUCGGACGUGUCGAGUCGUCGAGCCGCGCGAGACAGACGGGAACAAGUCGUCCGAUUUUUACUUCAUCUACGUUGCCCGCCGUUGUCGUUGCGUUCCGUAUGCGCGGCCCACGUCGGUGCGUCGCCAUCAGCCAUUGUCUCUGACAUGGAAGCCUACCAAAAUGGCAGAGAUCGUGCAGAUGUUUUUGUUCCUAUAUAAAUCCAAGUACCGUCGGAAAGGCGAUCAUCAGUGGCGUCGGCGAUCGCGUCGCGACGCCGACGGGGACGACCGGGUCGCGAUCGCGACGAGCAAUCGGCAGCGGCAGCGCUGGCGGUGCAACGGUCACAGCACCGACGGCGCGGUCGCGAGGAACGUGCCGUGGGCGCCGUUUUUACUGUGGGCGGCGCUCGUCUGCUGGGUGGUGCACGUAAGCGCCGUCGCCGCCUCCACCUUUCCGACGUUGGACGGAAGCCUCUGCGACGCUUGCAUCUACGGCAACUGCAUCAAUGGCACCUGCGUUUGUCACGACGGCUGGCAGGGCGCGAACUGCGAGUUCUGCGGCGGGAAGGUCAGAUUAUCGGAAAGGAGUGGGUACAUCCACGACGGUUUCGGCAAUUACUCGGCGGACGUGAAAUGUUCAUGGUUGAUCGAGGGCCCAUUGAACACCAAGAUACGGAUGCAUGUGGAACAGUUCGCGACGGAAUGCGGCUGGGACCACUUGUAUAUCUACGACGGUGAUAGCGUCGAGGCGCCGUUGCUGGCCGUUUUCUCCGGCCUGAUGCACAAGGAGGGCUAUCACAUACGCCGCGUGCCGGAAGUGAUAGCACGAUCCGGCAGCGCAUUGCUUCACUUUUAUUCCGACGUCGCGUACAACAUGAGCGGCUUCAACAUUACGUAUAAAAUCAACGCUUGUCCGAGCAGGUAUUCCCAUAUGGACUGCUCCGGCCACGGUGUGUGUAUCGAGGGCACAUGCACCUGUGAUGCCAUGUGGACCGGCGAGGCCUGCGAUGUGCAGGUAUGCCCAAACAAUUGCUCGUUCCAUCAUGGACAGGGCGAGUGUGAUCGCGAGAGUCAUCACUGCCGCUGUUUUCACGGCUACAAAGGAGCGGAUUGCAGCCAAAAAGGCGACCGUGGAUUUUGGGAGAGCAUCACGUACAAGGAUUUACCGCCGGAUGGCUCGGCCAGUCACUGCUCCAUCAUUUGGAAGGACUCGUUAUACGUGGUUGGCGGCGAGAGCUUCCAUCGUGCCAAGAUGAUAUAUGUGUACGAUUAUAAUGGUAACGUCUGGGAGACGCCCCAUGUUCAGGGCCGUGUGCCACUGCCGCGUUACGCGCACUCGUGCGUGUUGUUCGGCGACAAGAUAUUCAUGUACGGCGGCGUCGUGCAUAACUCCACUGUAACUAACGAGAUCUGGGCGUUCGACGUAUCUUCCAAGGUCUGGGAAAACGUUACUGUGCAUGAUGACUGUCACAACAGAACGAUAUGCGGCCCACUGAAGGUAGCCGGACACACCGCGACCCUCGUGCAAAGUCACGGCAAAAAGGAGAAGAUGGUUGUGAUAUUCGGCUAUUCGCCGCGAUAUGGCUACUUAAACACCGUCCAGGAAUACUAUUUAGGUACGCGCGAAUGGCAGAUCGCCCAAACGACCGGCUUCCCGGUGAAGGGCGGUUACGGUCACAGUUCUGCUUACGAUCCUCUCACGAAUCUCAUUUAUGUGUACGGUGGAUACGUGUCGGAGUCGCAGAGCUCGCAAGUUUUAAGCAGCAUGCUGUACUCGUAUCAUCCCAAUUUUUGCGAAUGGCGACUGCUCACGUCGGCGCCAUCGGCACGAUUCUUUCACACCGCCGUCUUUGUCUCGGGCGGACUGAUGCUGGUGUUCGGCGGCAAUAUACACAAUGACACGCAGCAGUCGCACGGCGCGCGAUGCUAUUCCGCCGACACUUUAGGCUACGAUGUCACGUGCGAUACGUGGCAUCAUUACAGCAUGCCCAGAGACAUGAGCGAUCUUCCACGAUAUGGACAUAGCGCGACUGUCUUUGAGAAGUCGAUGUACAUCUAUGGCGGCUUUGACGGCCAAAUGCUUUCUGACAUGUUGAGGUAUACGCCGGGCAAUUGCGAGCAUCUGACGACCCAGAAUCAGUGUCUGAAUGCCAGGAUAGGCGUGAAGUGCGUGUGGCACAAACGGGACUCUCGAUGUGUGCAGAUUACAAAGCUACCGCAGCACGUACUCAAUCAUAUGGAAUACAACGAGGACGACAGUAUUUACAUGAAAUGCCUCGACGACACACCGCCGCGUGGUAUGACGUCACAUGAGGAACUCUGCAAGCUCUUUACCGAUUGCGUCGCAUGUGUGCAGACUUCGUAUAAUUGUGUAUGGUGUGGCAAGAGUUGUUUACACGAGAAAUGCCGGGACAAUCCCAGUUCGUUAGGUUCGAGACCCAUCGUGCGCCUGUUGGAGUGCGAUGCGAACACCGGUGUCGAAUGCAUGCAGCUACACACUUGCCACGCUUGCUCCAGCAAUUCGCGCUGCAUUUGGUCGUGGUCCAACGGGCCCGAUCGUUGCAAGCCGCAGUCAAAGAUCCGAGACCGAGAGGUGCGUAUGAACGGCAUUCUGAACGGCACGAUCCAGGCGCAACGUCUGAUUCUGGAUCCGUGCCGUCAUCCAUGCGUGGAAUACACAUCGUGUCGCAAUUGCACGGAAUCCGACUGCAUCUGGUGUCAUAAUGAGGCCAAAUGCGUGGACAAGAACGCGUAUCCGGCCAGCUUUCCGUACGGACAGUGUCGCGAGUGGACAACGAUCGACGUUCGGUGUCGCGCCACCGAGAGCGGCAGGGAAUGGUGCAGCUUCUAUUCGUCGUGCGCUAGCUGCCGAGCGGAUCCCGGAUGCGGCUGGUGUGACGACGGGUCGGGCACCGGGAAAGGCUUGUGCCUACCCGGCGGAGCUCGCGGUCCCAGCAGCAAGAGCUUGGACAAAUGCUCGUUCGAUCACUGGUACUUCACGCAAUGUCCAACUUGUCAAUGCAACGGUCACAGUAAGUGUCUUCCAAACAGCAGCGUGUGCAUUCAGCCGUGUGGAAACUUGACUUACGGGCCGCACUGUGAUAAGUGUAUCCCCGGUUAUUAUGGCAGUCCACUCAACGGAGCGACAUGUCAGCCUUGCUCCUGCAACAAUCAAGGCACGCAAUGCACAAGCGAAACGGGCAAAUGUUUCUGUACAACUAAAGGCAUCAUCGGCGAUCACUGUGAACGUUGCGACGUAUCCGGUCUCUAUCAGGGAGAUCCUACGAAUAAAGGAUCCUGCUUUUACGACUUAGCCAUCGAUUACCAGUUCACGUUCAAUCUUAGCAAGAAGGAGGACCGCCACUAUCGGGCGAUCAAUUUCAAGAACGCACCGCCAAAACCCGACGUCGACGCUGAGUUUUCCAUCACGUGUUCCGUACUGGCCAAGAUGAAUGUCACCAUUAAGAAAGUAAACAGUCCGGAGAAGGCGCUGUUGUUGGGUGCGAAUUGCACGACGAUUAUGUACAAGCACCGCUUCAGCAAAGCGGAUUACAACUUCGGCAACGAAGAUAACAAUACUCUCACCACGUUCUACGUGUAUGUCUACGAUUUUCAGCCGCCGCUGUGGAUCCAAAUCUCGUUCUCCCAGUAUUCCAAAUUGAACUUGCAACAGUUUUUCAUUACAUUCUGCACAGAUUACAUGCCACCGCACAGGUGCUUCCUCGCUCUGCUACUGGUGGCCGCCAUUCUCUGGAAGAUCAAGCAGAAGUAUGACAUGUAUCGACGGAGACAACGGCUCUUCCUAGAGAUGGAGCAGAUGGCCAGUAGAGCUUUCAGUUCAGUUUUAGUCGAAAUCGAGAGACGCGACGUCGAUGGCUGGGAUGCGGAGCACGGCGAUGCCGAUUUUACAGAUUGUCAUAACAAGAUAAAAGAUGCUCCUAGUCCGAUCGCAUUGGAGCCCUGUUGUGGCAACAGAGCGGCGGUCCUUACCCUGCUAGUCAGAUUGCCAACUGGCGGCGAGCCUUACACGCCAGCCGGACAGAGUGCUGGCUUAGCCGUGGCGUCCGCUUUAGUGACGCUAGGCAGUCCGCGCCGACCGUCACAAGAACUGGUGAUGAAGGAACCGAAGAAGACGCGAAAGUGUGCCAGCCAGCAUCCGGAUUCUACCUGCAUUUAGCGGUAAACAAGCGGCGAGAUCGCGACGGAGUGUAACUACGAUGAGCCUUAGAGUUGUUUCUGUGAUCUUGCCCACGCUCAGUACGAGAGGACCUUUAUCUUCGAACUCCGGCGGAGUGAAGAAGUGCGAAACGAUAAUCGCAUAUGAAGACGAAGAAUCUAAACGAGAAUCUUACUGGUCGACGCGGGAUUGAUCGGUGUAUCGAACAUUUUGGAUGAAUCGAAUAAUUGGCUGAGCGCUUAAAUGCUAGAUAUAGAUGUACGCGCGACUUAUCGAGUAAGAGGAAACGCCUUCGGCCGUAGAAACGAAUGGAUUGUUCCGACUAACUACAUCCGUUUCACGGUAAGUUAACACAUUCUGCUGACGUGAGCUGCAUGAGGUACGUUCAUGCGCCGAGAAAGACGAUCGAUCACUCGGCUGACUUUCGAGUUCUCUUCUUGGAUCUCGAUUGUAUAUUGUUGUAUAUAUGAAUGAUUAGAAGAUUUACGUUUUCUCUUGGAAAAAAUUACGAUGUUGGUCGUGUGGAUAAACUGGCCUCAUGCAUAUUCGAAAAGCUUUUAUCCGCUGCUGUUUUUUUUUAAAUUUUUUAUUCAUAAUUAACGAUAUAGAUUUGUGAACUUAAAACAUCUUUAAAUAUCUUCUAAAAGUUAAGAAGCUUUGAGAUAAAAAUUUGCUUAAGCUUGCAAGAAUUAAAUAUAACAUAUCCGUAGUUUAUUGUUUCUUAAACGUCAAUAUGUUAAAUCUAAUGGAAACAGUUGCUUAGAAUCUCAAUGUGCGGCGGAUAAAAGCUUGUAAAUGCCAUAAGAGUUAUUAAAAAGAUUCAUUAAUGUUACUGAAACGAUUGAAUUCGAAGAAGUACAACGCUUCGACAUAAGCUGUAAAUAGGCUGUAUUUUUGUCGAACGAAGAUACAGAUCGUUAAUAGUGAUAUUCAAAAGACAUUUGACAUUAAAAUGACGGACAAUUUGAAUUAGUGAAUAUGAUACAGAAUUCACUAUUCAUGCAUCUGCUCGUAGCGAAUAUGUAUAAGAUUCAUAUUCUAAACCGAUCGAAGUGAGUAGAGAUAACAAUUGCAACCGAAGCAGAUUUAUAGAAGGUACAAAACGCGUAUUCGAUCUUAUGUGUGUACUUUGCAUUAAAAUACUGUGCCAAAUCAGCAUUUCCUUUUCCAUAAAAGGCAAAUCAUUUGUCGCAGCUACCUUUGGUGAAUUAGAAUCGGUCGAGCGAGUACUUUUACUUAGUUUGUUACCUCUAUUCACUGUUGCAACUAAAUUUUACCGCGUGAUCGAAAAUUUGCAGGAUCAGGGAUCAGCUAUUAUGUAUUUGGAAAAAUUUCUGAAAUUGGAACAAUUCCCAUCUUUUGUCUGUUGUUCUAUUAUUCAGAUAAAUUCCGAAACGACACUUUCGAUACAGCAAAUGGAUAAUUGAUUUCAAACAAAAUGAAUAUUAACAUUGACGUUUGAACGAAAACUUCAAAUAAAUAUUCAAAAUUUUCAUACUUUUACAAUAAUUUGUGAAAAGUAAUUUAAAAGAAUUUUAUCACUAGGACUUUAAUUAAAUUACUACAAUGCCUAAUGAUAAAUGACUAUUUUUAAUUUUUUUAUUGUAAUUACGUAUAUUAUCUUGCAUUUUUAUUUAAGUAUUUUUAUUUACGAAUGAAUUUCGUUUCGAUUUUAACAAAUUCUUAAUAGGCCGAAUACGCAGAUGGAAUUGUUAUCGGAAUCCUAUAAGUUACAUAAUAGCUGCUCAGGAUAUUAGUUAAUGACAUAAUUAACAAGAAAUUUUAAAGAAUUUGUCGAUCACAUGCUUCAGACUUUAGCAAAUAAGAGAAAGAUAAGACGGUCUUUACAAUAAGUAUCUUAUUUGUGAAUUCAAUUUCGUUUCAUGAAGCAAGUAACGGUACUGAUUAUUUUGCACGUUGAUUGCACGAUUGUCUUUCUGAGCAUUUAAUUGACGCGUUUGUAAAAUUUGCGUGUUUUUAACUUUUUUUUAAGAAGUUGCAAAUCUUUGCAUCUCUUACGUUAAUUUUAAUAUUUUGUACUUGUGUCGGGAAGAGUGAUUGAAUUAUUUAUGAAUAUCGUAUACUUCCAUUUUUUUAUAGUAAAUUUGUACUUUUCUUCUCACUGUUCCAAGUACGAGAAAAUAACUUACCACGAAGACUUUGAGAAUUUUAUAUACCUUAUUAGCAAGAAGUUACAAUAGUUAUUAUAUACAGAGAAAGUUUCAGCACUUCAAUUCAUCAUCCGUAAAACGUAUUUAUAUUAAGAAUGUAAGCCACCUUUUUCUUCUUGAAACUUUCGUGGUAACAUGGAAAAAAAGGGAUUUAUUACCGUAAGAGACUCAUACAUAUACAUUAAAUAUUUUUCCUAUAAAUACGUUAACCUGUGUUACAAUAGUUAAGCUUCUUCUUUUUUUACUGUGGAUAUGACGUACGUAUUUAUAUCCGUGUUGGUGCGUUGAGAAGGUAGAUAAAUAAUGAAUGAUGAUUUGUUACGGAUUGGCGUAAAUGUAAUGCAUUUUGUUCCAACAUUUAAUACUCAUGAUUUCUUGUUUUUUUUUUUUUUUUUUUUUUUUUUGUAAUGUUUAAAAUAUUAAUUUAUGUAAAGGCGUGGUCAGAGAGACGCAAAUGUGUAUUAUAAAUUAGGAUCCCUCCUUUUUAAGCGAUAAUGCGCAUUCUAUCUCAAAUAUAUUUUUCGUACCAAAGAAAGCUCUAUAGAUGUGAAUAAAUCGUUAUUGCGCACGUAGAAGACUAGAUAGCACUCGACAUAAUCAUUCAUUAUAUAACAAUUAGAAAUAAAAAUAUAUUCGUAAUUACUGACCGCGUCUGAAAAAUGAUCUUUCGUCAACGGUAAUAUAUCCGGUUAUUAUUUGUUGCCGAAUUUACUUUUGAUACGAUCAGCUUUUGUACUCGAGUAGCGGAAGAGUAUAGUCUCAUUUGGGAGAUGAUUGCGACUCUUCUCUUGUGAGCGCCAAAUAUUAAACAUAUUUUAUUAAAAUAUAUUUUAUUGAAUGUAUUGUAUAUUGCGGAAAUAUUUUUUAUCAUCUGAUUUGUAUAAACGAACAAGCGCCUUCGAUCCUCUUAUUGCCACAAACAUCUGUGCGAUCAGCGAUAUUUAUUAUUGACUGUUUGUAAAUUGUGGUGGUCUAACAAAGUUAGAAUUAUACAGCCGCAUGUAAAGAUCGGAAAUUUGCUCAGGCAAUAAAGGGAUUGAACUCGAAAUUGAAAAACAUUUAAAAAUAUCGUUUGUCUAGAAUUUUUACAUUAGUAAAAUAUAUCGACUAAAAAUAUGUGUUGUUAGGAAUAUUGUUUGAAUUCGCGAUACUUUCAACGCCCAUAUAAAUAAGGAAUGUUCUUAGUGUUGAUUUUGAAUUAUCAGGACGACGCUCCACCGGCGCUCAUAUUUUUCUUCGUCCCGUUCUUAGACUGCUACACUUGAGAGUUUUACUGGCGGUCGGUCGACUCUCGAAAAGUUCAAUUGUCAAACGAAUAUCUAUUAAAAGUCAUUCUUUGGAUUCUAUGACAGUUGGUAGAUUAUUACUGUUGAGAGUCGCUUCCGAGGGAUAAAGCUCUCUAGUGUACAACCUAGCUUCGAUUUUCUGUCGCGUUUGUCGUUCAUCGUAACACUGCCAAUAUAAUAUUCCUUCUUCAUUAAUCUUUUACAAUCUGCUUCGUCUUCGACCCCGAGACGACAGCCGGGGAGCACUUCCCCGCGCCGAUCGAUCUCUGCGACUGAUAACAUCGUGCGAAUCAUCGAUAUUCCGCAAUCUCUUCUUAUCUAUCUCUUUCCAACGAAAAUCGCGCACCAGUGUUGUUCGCGAUCGCGACGGGAUCGAUGUUGUUCAUCGCUCGCGAAAGACUCUCUCAGAAGGCUUAAGUAAUAUAAAAGUAGAAUAGUUAGUACACUUCUGCACACAUAUUCACUUUUCUCACCUUCACUUACCUGACACACUUAGGAAAAUUGCAAAAAUCUUCUAUCAAUAGUUUUCCGCUAAGAGAAAAGUUCCAAAUACGAUGAAGAACCUGUCAUGUACAUAUAUAUGGUACAUAAAAUUUAUAUGCAUGCGUGCAAGAUGAGGAACGGUUUUUCGAUUAAAUGAGUGAAGGCAUAUUGUAUAAACGUCAGUAUAUUUCUCCGAAUAUUAGACUAUAUUCGGAGACAUAGUAGAAUAAAAUAGUGAAUUGUGUAAUAGAAUUAUAUUAGAACUAAAUUUAUGAAAGAUAACUAGAGCAAAAUUUGUGCAGAUCGGCUGGAUUACCUGAUUAGCCUACUUGUGUACUAUUUGUCUAAUAAGAUAAAGAUAAGCGAAAGGGCGAAUGAACGUCGCGAAAGUCCCGUCGCGGUCCAUCGAGUCUCUUCGAUUUUCUUUUCUCGAUAGAGGAAAAAAAAAUGACCGGAGGGAUCUCCUUCUCCGCGAAGAAUUCAAAGAGCAUUCAGUCAUAGUCUUUCUUAAUAGGCGAGGUCUCUAGAUUCUUUAAUCGUAAGAGAUAGAUUUUAGAAUUGGAAGCAAUGAUGUGAAAUAUAUCCGUUUCUAUGGAUCACUCGAGUCACCGAUCUUAGCUGUUAAGAAUUCUUAAGCGCCGGUAUGUGAGACUCGGACAGAGAACGAUAAUGCUUAAUACGAGCGCAUACGAAUCGGUAGACGCAACGUCAGGAUGUGAUCGAAGCUCGAAUUUACAGAAUAAGGGAGACUAUCGGUUUCUCACACCGACCGGGAACAUAGAUGGACGUAUAAGAAUACUUAAUAAUCGAUAAGUAGAUAAGUACAUGCGAUAUAUAUAUAUAUAAAUAUAUAUAAAUAUAUAUAUUAUAUAUAUAUUAUACAUAGCUUGCAACAAUUUUUCUAGGACACAAUCGGAAAUAUUUAUUUUUAUUCGAGCGUAAGCGUAAAACAAACUAUUUGAUAAAAGUCUGUAAGCCAGCGGAAUAAGUGAUGCAACAAUUCCAAUCUCUCGGCGCAAGUCUUACGAGCAUUUUUGAGAAACGAAUAGUGGAAACACAAAGAUAAACGCAUGUUUGUGCGACGCGUAUACGCAGUGUAAGUCUGAGACUACCAACUCUUAUUGAUACUGUCAUUAAAAAGAGCGAGAUGUCUUAAGUGUCGAAACGAUUUCGGAUCAUUCGGAAAUUUGUAUUGUGACAUUAAAUUAUUUGCGUUAUGUUGCAAUGCGGCGAUUUUUGGAUGUUGUCAAGAAUGAUUAAAAUUGCUGUCGUAUAACUUGUUAUUUAGUUAGAAACUUAUUUUCCGUUUUGGACACUUGACAUCUUUCGCAUACCGCCCGCUAAAGUCGCUCGAGCUUAAUAACGAUCGUUUUCAUCUUAUAUGUAAGCUCAUUAUUUGUACAUAACGACACAUGACGCAUGAAAAGAAACGUUUAUUUCAAGAAGAGCAAAGGAGGAAUGCUUCCGAAGCGAUUUGUAUCUUAAAAGCAUUAAUCCGCUCGUUUUCAAAGAACGUACGAAAAGUUGGAAAUGGUACUUUAUUUUUCUUUUUGAUUGAGUUAUUUUAUAAUCGAAUUGUUUUGUUUAUUAACGUUAUUAUGAGCGUUUCUCGCUGUGUUUUAUUUAGAAAAUGCUUAGAUCAACGACAGUUUCGAGAAUUGGACUUCUUCGACUUGGCGCACUGUUAAAUGUUAAAACUAUUUCCUUAGUUUGACAAAUGCGAAUAAUAUCUUUGUUUUUUGCGACACCCCCGAAAAAGUUUUUAUCCUUAUUUCUUUAUUUUUCAUAAAAUCAGAGCAUGUGAAAUAGAGAAUCACUGAAGUUUUUCGAUUGGAAAGAUGUAUUGCAAAUGUAAAGUCAUUUCUUAGGAUUUAUCACGCGAAUGUUUUGCGUGGAGCACUUAAACGAUUCGUUGUAUGUACUUUAAAAUUAUCAAUCAAGAAUUGUAGAGCUUUCUGGUCAUUUUACUAGUUGUCAUUGCGGUCUCAACAAAUUGGGACAGUGAUUAAAUUAGACAAUUUUAUAUCGCUGAUAGAACCGAUCGAGAUUUCGUAUCGAUUAUUCAUGCUGUGCACAUGUGUCAAAUUUUUAUAUUGUAUUUUAUAUAUUAUAUAUAAAUGUGCAAAAUUUAUAUUUUAUUUAUAAUAUUUGAAUUGUACAAUUUAUCUAAAUUAUAUAAGAUAGUAUUUAUUAUAUUUAUAUUAGAGAGGAAAUUGCGUAUCCUAGCUUAAGCUUCUCGAAUACCAAGUAUAAUUCCUUAGCCUUAUAUAAAUGCCACGAACACCAAGUAUAACUUCUGACUUUAUAACUCACUUUAAUAUUAUAUUUUAUACUUUUUGAAUUUGUUUAAACGUUUUAAUGCGCGCAUUAGGAGAUACAUUUAACACAUGUGUGCACCAUGCUAUCGAUAUUUAGAACCCAGCGUGUGUACUAAAUUUUCCUGAAGUGUUGUCGGAAGUUAAGCCGAGGAAACGAUUGUGAGGAGAAGAAACACGGAUGUAUUUUGAGAAAUUUUUGCGAAUUAUAUGUGCAUCGAGCAACACGUAAGAGCAUAAGUGAUUGUAAAUCUGUACAUGCACAUACCGUAUCAUUCGAUCAUAUAUGCAGCUUUAUCUAGUCUAUAAAAAAAAAUGAGCAUGACUGCGAAUGGAUGGUUGUAAUAUCCGCGAGCUUUUUCUCGUGUAUUUUAUGAAAUGUGAUUUUCGAGUUUGCAUAUAUCUCGAACAGGACGGCAGACUAAAAAUCUUUUACUUCUCAAGAUUAUUUAAGAUCAUUCAAUGGCUCUCGCUAAUCAAAUUCUUUGUCCGAUAUAGGAUUACUCUCAACGAAUAUUCAUUCCAUUUUUGAUUGAUCCUUGACAAUGAAAUUCUUUGUCGGAUAUAGAAUUACUUUGAUCGAAUGUGCAUUUAAGGAUUUUUAAUGUCUGAGAAGAACUUUCCAUAAUGAACCUCAAUUACAUUUAAAUUAAAAUUGAAAAAAUCUACAUAAGCAUUCUACUUUUGUCCCUUGUGAACAAUGGGAAUUAAGAGUAAAAUAUCUCUCGACAGACACUCUUUGUGAUAAAAUCCUCGAAUGCGCAGCCGAAGUAAAAGAUCAUCUGCUCUUGACGUGCAAUCAGAAACAGAAUAUAUUUCAAUUUCUUUGUCGCGUAUGACUGCAAGAAUAAUUUUUAGAAUUAACAAUACAUAAAUGAACAGUGUAAAAGUAAGGCAUUCUCUACUUUUUGCAGGAUUUGUAAAAUUUAAUAAUAAUUUUAUCCAUAAUGUGCAGUUUUUUGUGGAAUGAUAAUUUUGUCUGUUAUAUAUGAAUUUUUUUGUUAUAUUUUUACAUUCCGCAACGUACGUAUCACAUGUAACUCGAAUAAAGAUUAAAUUUAACUUAUUGCACUAUCAAUUUGCUCGUGAAUGGUUAUGACAUUUGAAAAUCGCGUGAUAUGCAAAGGAUAAACGUUAUUAAGAAGUCACAAUAGUCAAGAGAAUUAAGUAUAAUUGUCAAAAGAGAAUGGCAAAUGAGAUUUUGCCUAGAAAAUUCAUCUUGACUAAAGUACGAAGAAGAGUAUUGAAAGAGCGAAAAAAAUAAAUAAAAAAAAAACGAAGCAGAGAGAAUGUGUAUGCGUGUGUGUAUACGUACGUGAGAUUGUGAGCAAGAGACUUCAAAUUAUUCCCGUAUUUUUGUGCUAGAAGUUAGCAUGCGUAGAGAAUGUACAAUGAAUGUCGCGUGAACGUGAACAGAAGAAUGACACAUAUUGUAUUAUAUUAAACGAAACAGAUAUUGUUUAAAUAAAAUUGAUAUACAUAA